CUUCCCUUCUGUUCUGCUCAAAUCAUCCAUCUCUACUACUCAAAUUAAUUCACACACUCUUACUACACAUAUCCUAUCUACUCAAGCGACUUCUAAAAUGCCUCAGCCCUUACAAUUGAUAAUCUACAUCGACCCACGACUGUUACAAGACAGUUCCGACCUUGGAAACCUUUGCUUCGCUCGCAAGGUGAAUGGGUCCUACAAUGUUGUCUUCCAGGGGACAGAGAAUACCGACCUCACCGCGCAGAAUAACUUCUCGUGGGUCGAAAAUUAUGCCAUGGGAGCGGUCCUGACCCUGGCCGAUGGUGCGCACGUCGGAGGAGCAACUUCAGUUCAACCCAUUCAAGCUGGUCAGGCAUGCACCUGGGGACCAAAGUCGGCAGACAUGCCGAUUGCUGGGCCAGCUCCACCACCACCUGACUUCCCCGCGGGUAGUUUUGGGACCGUUGGGAUGCCGUACAGGUAUCAUGGCGCAGUCUACAGUCAGACGGGCACUAAUCCAGCGUGGACCUGCAUCUAUGUUGAUGCAAACCCAAAGCCUGGACUUGACAAGAUUUCAUAUAUCCCGAAGAACGAGUAUUCUCUUUUCUUUGACGCGGAACUGCAGACCUCAAGUCUUUUCACGCGCGCUGUUAGCAACGCCUUGCAGUUCUCCAUUCCUACCAACUCGUACUCAUACUAUGUAGGCUGGGGGCUAAGCUCAGACGGAAAGACAGCGACCUGGAGUGACUACGGGAUCAAUGACCCAGGACACUGGAAGCCCAUAACAUCUUUGGCUGCAUUUGGCGCCAUCACUUCAUUGGGUGUCACUAUUUAUCCUGAUGGUUCAACAAAUGAACUUGAGCCUGCUUAUAUCAAGCGCUCCCGGGCAAUUCGAGGCACUGACGCUAGUUACGGAGCUGCUGGUUCUGAAGCUCUCUUCGCUUUCCGCUUGGGAUGGGAAACAGAACACUUUCCAAGCGACGAAGAGAAAGCAUACUAUGCAAAAACUGUCGCGUCUUUCUUGUCACUGAACUGUCCCAGCUCGAUUCGCCUUCGACUGCAGACUGUGAGCACUUUCUGCGUAGGAUACGCAUUCUUGAACAGCAUCGGACCAGACUGGUUGAUAUUAGAAGGGGAAGAUGAUGCGAUGAAGGCGAAAAAUAUGCUCCAAAAUCUUUUGGCAGAUAUCAGAACGGACUUUGCUCCCGUUCAGGUGGACUGGAAUUACAAAAUUCUACCCUCGAAAGCCGUAGGUUCAGGUGAGCUUGUUGAAGGCGGUGAAUGGGUUCAGAUGGUGAUGCAGAUGGGUUGGCCAGCUGCUGUUGGAAUUACCGCUGCCAGUGUCGCUGCAGGCUACGUUGCGACAAAAGUUCUGGAUGUUCUCAAAAACAGUCAGAUCAAAUUCGAGAAGGCAACCAUUAGCCCCAGUGGUGAGAUGCUCGUCGUCAAGGGCUCAUACCGAGCAAACCAAGCUCAAGUGCCUACUACAAUCCAGCAAGUCAACAACGUGGUAGCACAGGAAGCACUUCGGACUGCACCAUCACCCGUUCCCGGACUACCAACGCCAGAUCAAGUGUUCCUUAUCGAAAAUAUGCCAGCUCCGAACAGUAGCCUCAAGAGAACGAACUCAAUCAGAACUACGCCUAAGCGACUGGACUUCAAUGGGAACAGGACCGCCAAUGGAUACACCAAUGGCAAUGGGUUCUCCAAUGGAGUUAAUGGAUAUUCCAAUGGCGUGAAGGCGAUCUAUGCUUGAGCAAUUGUUUCUUUUUGUACUUUCCUUUGCUAUCAGAGAGUUGAGUUUUUUUUUUCUGGAAUUCUGGGGUUGUACUGGCUGCUCAAGAAGAAAAGCAUAGGUAUAUUUACAUCUAUAGCAAGUUUAAUAGAAGUGGUUUCUAUUCUAAAGUUGUUUUACAAAAGGUUGAUCGUCAUGAAAAUAAAAAUCUGAUAACUGCAUACUCACGACUAGGUAAAUGUUGUGAAAGGUACAAUGAGUAAACUGCUGUUGAUCUUUUUCCCUCAGAGACUUUAUGCAAGGACUGUACCUUGAAACAAAGUAGGAGAUAGACUCUCAACAAAUGCUAUAUCCUUGUCAGGUCCGUGCUUAUCUGUUACAUUCUCUUCAAGUCUCCUUAAGAAUAUUGAGAGCAAUAGCGGUACUAUACUC